UUGGGAGAGAAAGGAGAGGGAGGCUUCGAGCGGCCGCCACUCGCCCAAGUUUCAGUCAGCGUGUGGCGCCUCCUGGGGCCUCCACGCUUGUCGUACAAACGUCGUUAGCAUUUUAUUUUUUAAGCGUCGCGAUUUAGUAGUCCCUUCCUAGUUGCAACUCUCCCCCCCCCCCCUUUAUAUGAAAAUAUACAUAUCUAAUGGAUUGGAAAGCGGGUGUUUAUGCAUACAGAAAAACAGAAGGAACAGGUGUGAAAAUAUAGUAUAUGCCCGUCGGAUCGCUUUCUGUCAGCGCUGGAACUUAAUCAAAUCUCUUGCUCAAAGUCGCCUUACGAGAAAGAUCUUCCGCGUCUGUGCGACUACUGGAUGCUGCGACUAAGGAGCGAAACACAGCGAUAUUCUCUAACUGGUGACAUUUUACGGAUGAAGAGUAAAGACGUGAAUGGUUCGCCUUGCAUGAAGGGAUCAUUCACAUACGCCAAGGACAGUGAACUGGAUGCUGAAUAUAAAUUCCCUUGACAAUAGCCCGUAAGAAAACAAACAAACAAACAAAAAAAGACAAGCAAAACAAAAACAAACAAAAACAAUAAAAAAAAAUCCUAUAGUCACUGUAGUGAAAAACAAAACAAAAAGCACAGCAAUUCAAUGAGCUUCCAAAAAGGAAACACGAAAAUCCCGUCUCACCUCUCCCAGUCAGAAACCUAAGGACACGUUAUCGAAACAGGAACUUUUAGUUAUAUUUACUACACCUAACGCUUUUUUGUUCAACCGUAGAAGGAAAACAAAACAAAAAAAAAAAAAAACUAAAAAAAUAAACUCCAAGCUAUUUUUUACCAUAGUUAGCUAACGAUGCAAAUUCUGAUGAAAAUGGCUCUCACAAGGACGACCGCGGCGUGGAUUCUUGCGCUUGUCAUUCUUCAGGUGUCAGGUCGCGCCGUCGGGGUCAAGAUCACCAACCUCCUCGUGCCGGCGAUGGCGCUCGAAGGGGACGAGAUCCGCCUCCGCUGCGACUACGAGGUGGAGGGCGGGUCGUCCUUCUACUCCUUCAAGUGGUACAAGGACGAGAGGGAGUUCUACCGCCACAUGCCCUCGUCGAUGCAGAGCCCCGAGGACCGCUGCGUCGAGGACAACCCCGUCGCGGGCGUCAACGUCGAUUGCUGGGUCUCGACGGAGAGAGAAGUCGUACUGAAGGACAUCACCCAAAGGACAUCAGGAGAGUACAAGUGCGAGGUCAUCGGCGAACAUCCGAAGUUCAGGAAGGACAUCAAGAAAUCCCGCCUCACCGUCUAUUCCGAGCCUCUGCAACGCCCUCUGGUGACCGGCAUGCAAGACACCUACACUACCUUGGAAUUCGUCAACCUCAACUGCUCUUCCAUGAACACAGAAUACUACCCCGACUUCUCAUGGGACAUUAACGGAAGCCCUGCGGAUCCGAGCUUCGUACAAUUCCACGACCGGCGCACGAGCGGCUUGACCUUCCAGGCUCGCCGUGACCUCUUCCAGCGCGGGGUCAUCAGAGUAACGUGCCAAGUGAGCCUCGGGAAACACCAUUCCGACCGAGCUGACGUCGAGCUCACCAACCGAGACUACUUGAGUGCCCAGGAAUACCACUUCAACGCGGGUGAAAGGAGAAUGCCCGCAGCUGGUCAUAUCGUGUCAUCGCUCCUUCUGCCUUCAAUCUACGCUCUGCUUUUUUCUUUGGUCUAAUAUUUGUACCCAUACGCUACUAUUAACCCCUAUGUAUAUGUGUAAAUAAAUGUUUAAAUGUAA